AUGGCUUGGAGGUCUCAUGGCAAAUCUCAUGUCGAUCUAAUCACUCAGUUAAGAGUCAACGGUGUUAUAACCAGCCCUUAUGUCGAGGAAGCAAUGCGACAAGUUGAUCGAGGCCUAUUUUGUUCUCAUAACCCUUAUCAGGAUUGCCCACAAUCGAUAGGUUAUCAAGCAACAAUCAGUGCACCUCAUAUGCAUGCUCAUGCUUUGCAAGUUUUGGCUAGUAACUUGAAGGAAGGUUGCACUAUUUUGGACGUUGGUUCUGGCAGCGGAUACCUAACAGCGUGCAUGGCCAUGAUGGUUGGCUCAAGCGGUAAAGUCUAUGGGAUAGAGCAUAUUCCUGAGUUGAUAUCGCUGUCUAGAAAUAAUAUCAACAAAUUUAAUCCUUCCUUGUUGGAAAGUGACAGGAUACAACUCAUAGUUGGCGAUGGAAGAUUAGGGUAUGAACUAGGCGCACCUUUCGAUGCUAUCCACGUUGGUGCUGCUGCACCGGUUACACCUAACGCGUUAAUUGAGCAGUUAAAGCCAGGAGGGAAUUUAAUUAUUCCUGUUGGACCUGCUGGUGGCAAUCAACACCUAGAACAAUAUACGAAACACGCGGAUGGUAGUGUUACCAAAAAGUCAUUAAUGUCGGUUAUUUAUGUUCCUCUUACUAGUAAAGAUAGUCAACUCAAUGUCAGUUUUCGUCGUUCAUAG